AUGGAGACUCAGAAGGGUAGUCCAUAUGACUCGGCUACAUUUGGCAAUUCCCUUUCUUUGAGAGUGGAUGGGGCCAUUGGGGCCAUGUCUUUGUCUCCUUGUGGGAGGGACGCUGUCCUAGCAGGACGUCGAGGAUUGUUUGUGAUUGAUCUCGAUGAUCCGUUUGCUCAGCCGCGGUGGCUUCACCAUGUUACGUCAUGGGAAGUGGCUGAUGUGCAAUGGUCUCCGCACAAGUCGAAGCCAUCAUGGGUGGUUUCCACUUCCAACCAGAAGGCUCUGGUCUGGAAUCUCGCGAGAUCCUCCACAGACGCAAUUGAACAUGUACUACAUGCCCAUGACCGAGCCAUUACCGAUAUAAAUUUCCACCCCGAUAACCCGGAGGUGCUGGCUACUUGUUCUGUCGAUACGUUCAGUUUUGCUUGGGAUCUACGAACUCCAAGAAGACCUGUUGCCAGAUGGGCGGACUGGCGGUCUGCCACUUCGCAGGUGAAGUGGAAUUACAAAAAUCCCAACAUCAUUGCAUCUGCGCAUGAUAAUUACUUUUACAUCUGGGACAUGCGAAAGGGAGCCAUGCCUCUGGAGAAGAUUAUGGCCCACAACGGUAGGGUCAAUGGUCUGGAUUUUAGCCGUGACCAUGAAACAGAGAUUAUAUCGUGUUCGAAUGAUAUGACGGUCAAGUUUUGGGAUUACGGAGAGAGUGUGACUGAGCCGAAGUUCACUAUUAACACAGAUUUUCCCGUAAGUCGAGCAAGACAUGUUCCAUUUGGUGAUAAAGGAUGUGGUAUUAUGCCAGCACAUGGUGGAAACAAUUCGGUCUAUAUUGUGAACUACAAAGAUCAGACAGGUGAAUCGAAAUUGAGACCUGGCUACAUAUUCAAGGGCCACACAGAGCCUGUUAAGGACUUUCUGUGGCGGUCAAGACACUCUGACAACACUUCUGUCGACGAUCGUGAUGUACAGUUGGUUACAUGGUCCAAGGAUAAUGAUCUGAGAUUAUGGCCUGUUAGUGAGGACAUUUACGAUAGAUUCAACUAUGAAAAGAACAAAGAACUGCCAGAGGGCACGAAGUUGAUUGAUUUCGACUACAGGACGUAUAGGAGUGAGCCUGUGACAAGCUCCGAUGACAGACUCAAGCGGUUCAAGAAGGAUGCGUUUGUAUCCAGUCGCGGAUCCAGUUCACGCGAUAAUCAGUUUAACCAUCUCGACUGGAUCUCGGGUGUGAGAAUUGGACAGUCGGCGCAGGCGCCUUCAGAUAGUCCCAACGCAUUCUCGUUUGGUGGUGACAGUUUGCAGCCUGCCAAUCUAGGAGAAGAAGUGAGCUCUGUGGGCCAUAAGUUCCCCAAAUUGAGGUUUGAGAAGAUCUCUGUUUCCACGGGCCAGCUGAUUCUCUCUUUAAAUGGUCCAUGGUCUGCAACUAACAAAGAAGACCUGGUGUUCCUUAGAAUGGAGAUCAACUUUCCUAAAGACUACCCUUCGAAAACAGGGAAACCAACGUUCAAUAUAGAAGAGAAUCAAGAUCUAGAUUCGGAAAAGGAGAAGGAAAUACUGCAGAAUUUGAACGAAAUAUCUGAGAGGUUCUGUGGAGCAGGAAGACAUUGUCUAGAGCAAUGUUUGCGUUCUCUAUUGGGUGAAAAAGUCAGUUUAGAGUUUGAUGCUUUUGAUGAGAAUGAUCUUCCUCUGGACCCAUUUGACAUCCCUCAGGCUGGGGAUUUCAAUGACGUUGAGUCAAUGCCUACCAGUUUGAGUGAUGACUCGGACGAUGAACUGGUUCCCAUUACUUCUACAUCGGUUCAAACGGAGACAGAUGGGAUGCCUUUUACCAAGCCUGCUUUUGAUAGUACCCCCAUUCCAAAAGGAUGUGGUGCGGUAUGGACGGCUAGUGGACAUCUCGUAUGUUUCUUUAUACCAAAACAUGAGGAAAACAAGCCCACUCAGCUGAAGUUUGAUCAGCAAGGAUUUACCCUCGCAGGAACUUUGAAGAAAAAGAAAGCAGGAUCUUCUGUUGGUGAUGCAUCUUCCAAAGGUGGAAGGGUUGCUUCCUCCAAGCUUGAAGAUUCUUCUGGUGAGUCGUCUGAUAGUGACUCUUACUCUUCUGAUGACAGUUUCUCCAACGAUCUAGACAUCCUGCAGAAUGAUCGACCAUACAGAUCUGCCGUAACAGGCUUGAUGCGGAAGAAUGUUGGCUUAAGGCAUUAUACGCUGGGAGAGGCAAAGAGUGCGACUUUGGGAAAUGCUUCGGUUCCUACUGAAAGAUCUUUGGGAACACAAACCUCAAGAGGUCACAAUAGUAACAUUGUCACGAUUCAUGACUUCAGCGAUUUGAUCCCUUCGAAAAUGGAACUGGCAUAUGAAUACCGUAUGCUUGGAGAUACUCCCGAAAAGCUAUCAGUCCACAAUGCUGCAGUGGCUGAAAAGUAUGGCUACAAGGAUAUUGCUGAUUGCUGGAAGAUCUUGGAAGUAAUACUGGUCAAGGAUGUUCAUCUGCCUGACAUUCUAAACAACAGUGACUUAUCGGUGGUCCUGCAGCAUGAGCUCCAUCAAAAGUUUGUCACUGAUCUCAGCAAAGUUGAUGUUGAAACGAACUACCGCUUCUACUGGGGAGCACAUCCUUUUGGAAGCAGAUGGUUGGCCAGAGCGAUCAUGGAAUACUAUGAGAAGUUAGGGAAUAUCCAGAUGCUUGCAAUGCUGGCUUGCAUCAUGCACGAGCACAAGUUGCAUAAGACAGAUCCAACCAUUCCGAUUCACACUCCAUAUAUGAGGCCUCCCACUUUGGUGAACAAACAGAGUGUCAUUGGCAGGUUUGCUUCCGCGAAAGGUUCCAAUGUGGGAGAUAACGAGUUGGAGGCUGUGGGAAACUCUGCCUGUAGUUCUGUUUCUUCCUACGAUGCCUCUGGGUCUGUGAGUUUCCACUCCGGAUCUCCUGAACGUUUUGGAAGUUAUUUCAAAAGAGGAAUUGGGAAUGUGCCGCCUUUGCCUGGUGUCUCGCCAACAAACUCAGGCUCAAGGAAGUCGGUGGUCACCAUGACCUCCCGAACGUCCAGUUUCUUAAUCCCACAAAAGUCUCACAUCCUCCAGGGAGCUCCCAAGGUCAAGAUCCAAAUGUUCAACGAGGUGGCCUUAGAUCUUUCGGAUGAUGUCUACUCCGUUCCACUUUUGGAUCCUGCUUUCGAGGAAAAAUACCAGAUGUACCGUUCCCAAUAUGCAAGUCUUCUUUUCUACUGGGGUUUGCCUGUGAACAGAAUCAAGGUUCUAAAGUUUAACUAUGAAGAUUCUAUUUUCAAAAACUCAGCAGCAGUUGAUGAAUACCGAGGCCAGGUUGGCCUGAAUGGGUACUCUGAUACACACAUCAAAGAUCUAUCCAAAGCGAAGGUGUUGAAGGAGCAGAAGCUGUGUAACUACUGCUCCAUGACCAUAAAGAAGCGUUUGAUUGUGUGCACUACAUGCAAUCACAUAAUGCAUGCUGAUUGUGCGAUGCAAUGGUGGGAGGGUGAACAGCAGACUGAAUGUCCCGGUGGAUGUGGCUGUAUCUGUCUCUCCAAGAAGUUUUACGAACAUUAA